AUGUACAAAAUUGUUGAGGCAAAGGGCUUGAAAAUGCCGAAGAUGAUAAAGGACAUGUUUGAUCAGAUGAACGUAAAACCCGCAAAUUGGAAACGAUCGGGUUUCUCCAUGCUGACUCACCAGUCGGAUAUGUAUGUCUUGUGUUGCGCACAAAAUCUUUCUAUCGCACCACAUAUUAAGGAGUUCGGAAAAAGGACACUUCCUGCAAUUAUUAUGGCAUGGAAGGCUAAAAAGAUCGUCGACAGUACGAUUCGGUUGAUUGAGCAAACCGACGAUAGUGACGAAGAGGAUCAACUACGACGUCUACAGGAUGCCUGCGAUAUGACUCCACCACCAUCACGAAAACGACAAAGGGCAUAUUUGCCAACAUGUUUGGAUACUUCGUCAAAGCCGUCAAAGAGAAUCAAAGAGAUUUCAUUUGCAAGUAAAACACAGGAGGAAUCUACUGAACAUUUUUGUGGGAAUGAACUACAGGUUAGGUGUUUUUACGGAGGAAUAAUGGUAAAUGUUUAA